AUGUCUUCAGAAAAAGAGUCAGUCCAAUCAGAAAUAACAAUAGGACGUCAGUCUUCUCCUUCAGUAAAUGAAGGAUCUCCUUCAGUAAGUGAAGGAUUAAAUAAAAAUAACCAAGAUAUAAACAAAUUGACUGAAGAGAUGUUUCUUAAAGUGGCUGAUUAUUUAAAGGGAGAGAUCCUAGCUACAACUGAAGAUUACAAACUUUUAGAAACAAUGAAUCAAGUUACGCGAGACCGGUAUCAAGAAAUGUCUAAAAUGGCGCAAAAUUUGGUUGUAGAAAUGGCCAAUUUUCAAAGGAUUUACACUAGCUUCGAACCAUAUAUUCAACAAAUUGAUGAAAUAUGUGAACAAGUCGAUUUUUUGGAAAAAGUUGCUAAUGAAUUAGACGAAUAUUCAAAAGAAUUGGCUAUUACAAAAAUGGCAUCGAAACUAAAUAUCAAUUCUUCCUUCGUUAAUAAUGAUAACGUCAAAGAAGAACUAUCCCAUGUACGAUAUUUUUUAAAAACUGUCCAAGAACGUGUCGAAAAACUUGGGACAGACGUAAAGGAACUUUUUAAUAAAUCAGACAAAGAACAGGCUACUGGAAUAAGGAUGGUAAUUAUGGGGCCGCCUGGAGCUGGUAAAGGAACUCAAUCUCCAAGAAUCAAAGAAAAAUUUUGUGUUUGUCAUUUAGCUACUGGUGAUAUGUUACGUUCGCAAGUAGCGGCAAAAACGAAACUUGGUGUGGAAGCUAAAAAAAUUAUGGAUGCUGGAGGUCUGGUAUCUGAUGAAAUUAUGGUAGGAAUGAUCCAAAAUGAAUUGCAAAAUAAUCCAGAAUGUAAACAAGGGUUC